UGUCUGUAGAAGGUCGCACCUUCCCACCGGAGCCGCCGGAGAAAGAAAGUUUCUUGAGCUGCCAGAGGGACGUUCGUGAGCGGGGCCCUUUCCCUCCUCCCUCGCCCCUGCCUGGUCUGCGUUUCCCGGCGGAGUUCCCUACGCGGGAAGGAGGCAGAGUGAGAAUGGCUGGAGGGGAGAGAGGCGGCGGCGGCGGCAGCAGUAGCAGCAGUUCUGGGGCGUCUGAAAGUCGGGAGCAUCUGUUCAAGGUUCUAGUCAUCGGUGAGCUCGGAGUGGGCAAAACGAGUAUCAUCAAGCGCUACGUCCACCAGCUCUUCUCGCAGCAUUACCGGGCCACCAUCGGCGUGGACUUCGCUCUCAAAGUCCUCAACUGGGAUAGCAGGACCCUGGUGAGGUUGCAGCUGUGGGACAUCGCAGGUCAAGAACGUUUUGGCAAUAUGACCAGAGUGUACUAUAAAGAAGCUGUAGGUGCUUUUGUGGUCUUUGAUGUCACAAGAGGGUCAACUUUUGAGGCAGUUUCCAAAUGGAAGCAUGACUUGGACAGUAAAGUGCUUCUCCCAAAUGGUAGUCCGAUCCCUGCAGUUCUGCUGGCCAACAAAUGUGACCAGAAGAAAGACAGUGGCCAAAAUCCUUCUCAGAUGGAUGAGUUCUGCAAAGAUGGAGGUUUUGCUGGGUGGUUUGAAACCUCUGCUAAGGAUAAUAUCAACAUCGAUGAAGCUGCUCGGUUCUUGGUGGAAAACGUCCUUGCAAACCUCAAAGCCUUCCCUAAUGAGGAAAAUGAUGUCAGAAAACUAAAACUGGACCAGGAUCCCUUGAAAGCAGAAAGUAAAUCUCAGUGCUGUUAAUUACAUUUGAUCUUGCAUUGACACACUCUGUGAGAGCAACAAGGUGCUUGUUUCUCAUAUUGGACAGCUGCUAUGGUGCUUCAUCAUGACAAUCCUAGUGGGGUCUCUUUGAGUUGGUCACACUCCCGGGCGUUUACACACUUUUUUUUCUUGUCAAGUAGGACUUCACAAAUUGCCUUGUACGUGAUGUAUUGUUUGUGAACCAUUUAGCACAGUCCAAAGCUGGCAUCCAACAAAAAGAAGGUAAUACUUAUUCUGCAGGGCAUCAAGGCAAGGGACUUGAUCCUGACACUUACCCUUCUUCCUGCUAUUGCAGAACUAGAACACGAAUGUCAGUCUAAAUGGAAGUGUUCAUUUUGAGAAGCACUAUUUUUUUUCUUAAAUUCCUUUUAAGAUACAUUAUUUUGUUUGUUUCUUUUCUCUCUUCUUCAUCCCUGUUCAGCACUAGUACCACAAAGUCAAGUCCUUUUUGGGAUUCCUGGCAGCCAAUAAACCCUUUAUUUCUGAAUAACACAGGACUGAUAUUAAGCAGUGGCAUGCAUUCCUUAUUUAUAUUGUCCCUUAAACUAUGAAAGAGUCCAACACUUGGAAAGUAGGGACAGGAGAAUUAAGCUGCUGUAAAAAGUAUUGGGUAUAUGUCAGUGCUAUCCACCUAACAAAUGAGAAACGAUUAAUUUCUGAGUCUCUUCUUCAGAUAAUUCAAAUAAUAAACCUAGUACACUUGCAUAUGAUAAGUAAUAAUGUGCACCAUUAAACUUUAAAGACAAAUUAUCUCUUCUUGCACAAGCACAAUCCUUUUCAAAAUGUCUUAUGUCUGUGCCAAAAGAGAAAAGUACCUUUGAUUAAAAUGUUGCAUUCUUGUUUUAUAAAACUAGAUUGCAACAUAGAAAACUGUCUUCCUCUUGACCGUUCGUGUAUCGGUAGCGUUACUAGUAAAGUCCUUUUCUUAAUCAUGUUUCUUCUAGAGUACCUGUAUCUUGCCACAUAGCUAUUUAACCCAAGGAACAGUAUCCUUUGCUGCCCAUGCAUCAGCGGGACCCACUGCUAAUGCAAUGGGAAACAAGUGCUUCCUAAAGCAACUGGAAAUGAGCUGAAAUGCUAGUUUCUGGAACAGAACAGGGUAUUGGAACUAGAGGAAGGGAGCUCCACUGAACUGUCCCAUUUCAGAAAUGAGCAUUUUGGUUCAUUUCCAAGGCUGCUCUAGGAAGUACUAACUUCCUGAUGUGUUAGCGGUGGGUGCUGCUAUCGCAAGAGCGAAGGUGCAGCGGCAGCAUUGGAUGCUGCCAAAGGAGUAAGGCUUGAUAAGGGUGUCACACCUUCAUGCACCAGAACAACUUGCUAAUAUAUUCUUGAAUUAUAACUAUUGCUAACAGCCCUAAGGCUUUAAAAAAAAAAGAAAAUAUGUUGCAUCUACCUUGAAAGAAUUCUUGACUGCUAUUUCUGAUGGCAUCUGUGAAAGUCUGGAGGAAUGACUCCUGAAAUUUAAUGCUGAAUCUGUGAAUCCUGUUUUGUCCUCAGCACAUUACACUCAUGUGGCAUAGCUGGCCAACUACUACAGAUCCUGAAAUACUUUGGUCUAACCUCCUUCAGGCUUAAACUUGGUACUUUUUUAUGUGCCUGAAGUUAAAUUUAAUGCCAUAUGAGUGUUUUUUAAUGCAAAUACUUUUUAUAAGGUACAUUCAGGCACUUUGUCACUUAAAAAGCAAAGAAUCCAAAGAGCACAUCUCAUGUUAUUAAUCUUCUAGGCCUGUGCUAACUUUGUUGAAAUUCCAAAAAGGUCGAACUUCCUUUAAUUUUGAUUUGCCUAACUGUCCUAUGAUUCCCAUUUACUUUUCUACUUAAAAUAAAGGAAACAUAGAAGAUGUCUGCAGCACAUUAAGUGCAUACACUAAAUUAAGCAUAAGCAACUUAUAGUGGGUUUUUUUUAUUUUUAAAUGUAUGCUUUAUAAAGGAAAAUGAAUAAAUGCACAGACUAUGAAAAAAAAUCAACCAGAAAACCCUUGCAACAUUCCUCUAUAUCUUGGAAAAACGCAUAUUCACUUCACCUCAGCUUAAGACCUUGAAACUAAAAUGUAGCUUUUACAAAGUAUAUAAAAAGCCCUUCACCAGGCAUCCAAUAUGCUACUUAACAUUAGCAAUCCUCAGGGCAGAAAAGGUCUGUAGUUGUAAUAGCUAUAAGAACCUCCUGUACUGUGAAUGAGAUGGAUAUGUUACUUGUCGAUACUUUUGUUAGCUGUUACUAUUUCAGUUUAUAAGAAAGAUUCUGUUCUUGUCUCAAGUUUCUAUUGUCUUCAGUGAGAAAGUAUUAUACCACCCUUUCUUAACAAGGAAAUGUAUCGCUUUUUAAAUGUUACCCACAUGAUUAACUGUUUAAAUGAAUUUUGUUUUGUCCUUUACAAGUUUAGAUUUUUUCAAAAAUCUGUCUCAUUGACUUAAAAAUUCUAAAAUACCUUAGCGUUCAUAAAUUUAAUACCUUUUUGCUGGACAGAUGAAUAUAAUAUGAAGAGUCUUAGAAGGGAACAGUGUUUGUGCACAACUUCAUGAAAGAGUGGAAUAGUUCAGCUACCUUUCACCGGCCUGUAUCAUCUUAGGAGCCCUUCUAUCAAAAAUGUGUGCCUUCACCCUGGAAAAUUCUAAAAACUGCACAAAAUAGAUAGUGAAAGUGGAACUGUGGCAUAUGAAAUUAAGUUAGAAAAUGGUGAAGACUUCCCAGCUGAAAAGACAUCUGUACUAUGCAAUUUAAAGGGUCACUCAUUAGAAAUGUAUCAAAUGGAGACAGAAGCAGUUACUGUCUCCGUGAUGAGGGGCAAGCGCACACUGGUCAAAUAAACAUUUCCCAGUGUGCCUGUUCAAUUGUUCAAAACCCAUUUCCGUUUAUGGGAGAUUGUAUGGAAAAGGAAGCUUUCUAAAUAGGUGGGGAGUAUUUGCUUAUGGGAGCGUGAUGGUCUACUUCAUGCCCAAGGUUACACCUGGGUCUGUCCAUAUGGUGUAGACUAUGGUAUUAUCUGCAGCAUGCAGCUUAAUCUCAUUUUUAAAAACAAACCAGCCCUCUAUAGUUGUAACUAUGCUUAAAGUUUGUGGGUAAUGUUUGGUAAAACUCAAGAGCCAGAACUGCUACAGCAUAACAUUUAUAGUUGGUAGGUUGGGGGAGGACUCUAGUGCCCUGCACAUCUUCUUACCCUUCCCUAUAACUAGCAGAAUAAGGGGUGCAAUCCCAUGUUUAGACAGAAAAAAAGCCCUACAGUUCCCAGCAUGCCCCAGCCAGGAUGGCUGUCGCGAAGUCUGGGACUUGUAGAACUUUCUCUCUCUCUAAGCAUGUAUAGGAUUGUGCCUUAAGUGAUGUACAAGCUAUUGAUAAAUAGAUCCCUUUCUAUACCUUUUAACCUUAAUUUCAGAAUCGUAAACUUUAAUUGCUGUGUGUGACUUGACGUGGUCAUCUUGUUGAGCGAAGGCAAAUAUGGCAGCAGUGCCAUCAAUGACCCCCUCUGUGUCAAAGUCCUAUCCACUUAAUCCAAUAUUUUUCAAGCUGUCCUUUGGUGAGGAGUUCCUAGUCUGACCAUCUAAAGCUGUAUGCAGAAGGUCUCCGGAAUCUCCAAUUAAGGACCAAAACAGACAUUUAAGUCUGUUUUGAGCAGUACCUCUUUUUCAUUUUUACUCUAGAGUAGGCACAAGAGCGGCAGCAAUCCAGAUCUUUAAACCCUCUCUAUCCACCCACCCCCACGGUAGGGGUCUGAUCAGUGGCCUCAUGUGGUAUAAGGCAUCUCUACACCAUCUUACCUUUAUUAUUGGAUUUCUAAGCCACUUUUCUGCCUUAAAAACUCUGCACAAUGUACAUAAACAAACAAACCUCCUUAAGAGUGGUCCUGCAUGUAUACACCUCAAAGCACUAUGCCUCCUUCAUGAUUGUAACUCAUGGAGAAGAUAAACAUGGGAGGAAAUGCUCAUGAAGUUAUCUGAUUUCAGCUGCUUAGGGCUCUAAGGGGCAAAAUCCCACUUAAAUUUAGCGUUGGAAUACACCAGCAUGCAAAAAAAAGAAAAGGGGGGGGGGUACGAUCUAAGUGCACUGUUGCCACAUUUUUGAAAUGUUUACAUUUCCAAACAGCUUGCAAAGAUGGGCAUCAAGUUCAGAUGGGUGUUCAAGGGAGUGGCUAGAUCCUUAUUCUCAAGAAUCGGGAGCAGUGGUCCUGGCUGAAGAAGAGAAAGCACACCCUAGGCUACAGAUAUCAUCAAAAUAUCCAAAAGUAAAAUAGUAAUAGGGGUAUUCCCUAACUGGGAGCAUCAUUCUAUUCAGAACACAGUACCAACAACAACAACGUCUUUAUCAGUAACCAGUUAAUCAUUAUCUUAGCUAAAUUGAGCUUUGGAUUAUUCACUCUUUAUCUAGUCCAUUCCCAAACUAGUUGUUCAUGAAGGAUCAUGGUGCACAUGACACCAGGGGAAAGGUUGAGCAUAACUGGGUGUCAUCUGCAUAUGGAUGAUGCCAGGCUCCAAAUGCCAUUGAACAGUGAUUGCAGGUAGAUAUUAAAAGGACUUGGAACUGCGGCAAAGCCUUGAAGCACCCUGCAGGUACAACAGGCCAGAGUAGUAGCUUUAUAGUACCAUCUUCUGGAACUGAUCACUGCAAAGGAAGAAGCAGAACAAUGAUAAAGCAGUGCUCCUACUCUCAAUCUGUGCAAGCAGUCUGGAAAAACUGGCAUUCUGGAAAGCUGCUGAGAGAUCCAGUAGAAUCAAUAGAGUCCCUCUCCCCUGUGUCUUCCUGGCUGUAGAUGAGAUAAGUUGCAAUACUGUGCUUGGGAGGCAUGGAAGGAAUGCUAAUUUUUAUAAUCCUGUUAGGUAGGUGGGCAGGUUCUCUCUUAUUCAGUUAUCAAACAUUCCAACAAGUACUGGUCUUCUAGCCUGUCUAAAGUUUGCAUUUCUAGUAGGGAUUUUAAAAAUUGUUAAAAUGGAGAGGGGUUGUAAGUCAGUGGUAGAGCACAUGUUUUAUGCGAAGAUGGUCCUAGGUUCAAUCCCAGCAUCUCCAGGUAGAGCUGGGAAAGAAUCCUGCCUGAAACCCUGAGGAUUUACUGCCAGUCACUGUCGGCAAUACUGGGCUGGAUGGACCAGUGGUCUGUCUCGAUAUAAGGCAGCUUUCUGUGUUCAUAUCCCUUCUCUAGUGUUUUUGUUUGCCUUUAGGCUGAAUAGAAUUGUGACAUAUACGAUAUAUAUGGUUAGAGCAUUUCAUUUCAUAGGCUCAGCAUUAUUAUUUUAAAAAAAACAACCCUUUUAAUAACAAAUUAAAAUUCUUUGUAGAGGAGAGAGCAAAAUGUAGAGGCUUAAAAAGAGGCCCCGACUUCAAAACAUUGAUGAACCAUGCCUUCAUUCAUUUAUCACUGGGAACAGACAGUGACUGGGUUUAGACGACACAAUAACCAGUGGUGGGUUAAAUAGUCAACUGUGGUUAAAUAGUGAACAGUUGGUUAUUGUAUCAUCUAUCAGGACUUUUUCACACCAUGGUUGGUUAUUCAGACAAAAUAACCAGCACUGUGCAGAAUUGAUUAUUUGAACAACCAUUGGUCAUGUCAUGUGUCAGGCACCAUUGACUAUUUUGUGACACACAGUUGGUUAUUUUCGGUGACUACAGAGUCCCCUGGCAAGCGCAACCAAAGCAGCAGCUGCCACUCUAGUCCAGCCAGAAGAACUCAAAAUGGCUGUUGGGAUACCAGCAGGAGGACUGACGUUGGGGUGGGGGAGGGCGGGGAUGUGUCAAUCUAAUGCUCCCUUGACUAACAGUCAACUCGACACUGGCCUUAAUCCACACCACAGUUGAUUAUACCCCUUGAUAAUAAACCAUGGAGUUGACUAUUAAUCCACCAUUGACGAUUGUGUUGUCCGAACACAGCCAGUAUGUGGUAAAGAAAGCCCUUCCUGUGCAAGUUUGGGUCUUUUCUGUGCUUCCAAAUCAAAACUGAUUUACAAAGUUGUGUGGCACCAGAGGCCAGCCUGAUUGCCAAUGGGCAUGCUGGCUGUAGAUGAUAGGGAUUGUACUGUGACAUCUCUGAAGAGCACAACCUUGGGGAAGGUUGCCUCGGACUAACCAGUUUAGUGCAGCAUCACGUUGUAAGCAAGAGCUUACUAACCAUUCUUAUUCUGCAUUAAAUCAGUUUGUCUUUUAAGAAUGAUUCUUUGGUUUGGAGACACUAACAGGCAGGGGGCUAUGCCUGGGCAAAUAUUAAAUAUAACAUGCAAGAUUCCAAAUUGGAAGCCAUAAAGGACUUUUGAAAAGAGUGAAGAGAAAAUGAGAGUUAGCAAGACAAGACUUACAUCAAGGGCAUAGAAAUGCUCUGAUGCCAAUUGCUUGGGAGCAAAUCUCAUUGAAAUUGGAUGGCCUUACUCCUGAGUAAAUCUAUUUAGAACCAUCCUGCAGAAACUAGUCUAAAAUAAGACACUUCAUAACAAUAAAUACAUGACUAUUUAAACAUUUAAAAUAAUUUAAUUAAGAGGAACCCCUAACUCCUCUCAAUUCCUCUUCAAAAUGGUCAAGUGCAGCCAUAUCCUGGCUGCUUUUUCUCAUUUUUUUGUUUGGUUUGUCUCUUCCCUGAGGAAUGAUGCAGAAUGCUAUACUGCAAACACACACCCUUUAUGUUCACAAAGUCAGUGCUAUGUCUCAUCACCUGUACUAAUUCCCAGUACUGGAGAGUUAUCGAAACAACAAAUUCUUCCUGAUGUCUAGUCUUUCCACACACAUUAAAGUGGGCAAAUGUAUCUCUCUGUAUUUCCCUUGUUCAUUUGAAGGUAAGCAAGUCAAAAACAGCUCUCUUCCUUAGGUUUUAACAGCACAAUCCUGGGCAUAUUUACUCAGAAGUAAGUCUUAGUGAGUUCAAUAGGAUUGACUACAGGUAAAUGUAUGUAUAGGAUUGCAGUGUUAAUCCCAUUUGGUGAUGCUCCCUUAAAAGAGGCCCUGCUAUAAUAAAGCAAGAAACCUGUUUUGAAUUAUAUACAUGUGAUGAGUGAAUUAAAGCAACAGUUGAAACAGCAAGAAUAUUUCGGUCAGCUUUCUUCAACCUGGUAACCUCCACAUGUGUUGGACUACAGCUCCCAUUAUUCCCAGCCAGUGUGCUCACUGGGGUUGAUGGGAAUUUUGGUCCAACACAUCCAGAGAGUGCCAAGUUGGGGGAGCAGAUUUAAGGUUGUGUCCGUCCCAGCUGUUUUUCACAGGAUAUGUUUGCUGCCUCACCAGCAACAGCUAGUACGUUCCAUAUGGCAGCUUGUGCAUUUUCCCUCUUUUAGGGCACCUGAACGUGGCUGUUUAAAACAAGACAGAACAUAUGUGUUUCCCACAUGACAGUUAUGAACCAGUCUCUAAAUGGGUGCAUUAUCCUCACAUAGAUUCCCCUAUGGUUCAAUAGGGCCAUGUCUUCACACAUGAGGGGAAUGAACAGGCAGUG